AUGAAGUUCUCUACGAUUGUUGUCGCUCUUUCUGUUCUCUUCGUCAGCAAUGCUGCUGCACAAGCGCAAUUCGAAGGCGCACCAAUAGAACUCCCAGAUAAUGCGGCGACCUUGGGUGGCCCAGAGAAUUUCCCCUCGCAGCCUACGGAGUUCAUCCCAGCCGGAAACACCGUCCCUGGCCCUACGGCAGUGAACGGCUUCCCAGCCCAGGGCGCACCUCCAACAGUCCAAACACCAGCUGCAUUCCCUGGGCAAGUGGGCAGCGCCCCCGGCCCUGCGGCCGGAUUCCAGACAUUCGCAGUUUCAGCACCUAGCUCGACUUCGACAACAAGGCCACUGAGCGCAGCCUUCUCGGCGUCGGCAACUACACCUCACGUCGGCAAUGCCGUGCCUUCAGCUACGCAGCACAACGGUGCCCAGUCUGGUGUCACUUGGCACCACGGCCUGAUGCUAGUCACUAUCAGCGCUGUAGCAUUGAUGCUCUAG